GACGUUCGGAGGACGAGGCUCGAGUCUAUCUUUGGACGAGUGCACGGCGCAGGUGAGAGAGGCGCCCGUAAGGUCCCCAUCCUAAUUAGACUAACAACAACAACGAGGACAGCCGGGUGGGCAGGAAGGAAAGGAAAAUCGACGUCGAGCGGUCUCGGUAUAGUCAAACGAUGCGCACGUGCUUCACUGUUUAGCAGCGAGCAGAGUCGAAUAUGUACAACGAAGAGGAAAUCAAGAAGAAAUUGAAGGAGCUGUUAGCAUUGAAACGCAAUGGAGAAUUAGAUACGGAUGAGAAGCUAUUAAAUCCGAAGGAUGAACAUCUCUGGCGGGAUUCUAUUCCUUACGAUAUCCUGGAACGCUGUGUGUAUCAUCACGACGACGAGAUUAAAUUAGAUGUACUUGCGGUUGUAAUAGAAUCCAAGAAGAGCACUUUAAAAUUCCUGUCUAGGGAGCUCGAUAUAAUUAUUUCAUUCCUGCACGCUAAUUUUAAGGAGAAGUUGGAGUUUGUGCCCCUAAUAAAGAAGGCUUUGAAGCGGAUAAAAGACAGUCUUGCAGUUAUGAGGAGACAAUGCUCGCAAGAAAUAAAAAUGAGGAGCCACUAUGAGAAGAGUUGCGAUCCCCAAGUGAUGAAACAAGAAGUAUUGGAUGCAUCUUACGCAAUAUCCAAUAAAUUGGAAGAGGAUAUAGAGAUGUACUGCACUUUUUUUGAGUCUCUACGCAAUAUGUGCAUAUGCGGACCAGAUGCAACAUAUUCUAGAAGGCGAUCAUCUCUUCAGAUACUGCUAUUAACGAGAGAUUUGUUAGACAAUGAAUUCAAGCACAUUGGCUGGAAAGCGGAACAAAUAAAAGCCUUAUUUGAUCUGAUGCUGUUGGAUACAUAUGAAGCCAAUAAAGAAAUGGCUUUUAAUUUAAUAAAGUCAGUAGAUCCAAGUCUACUGGAGCUAGACAAGGAAAGUAAUGUUCUUGAUCUUGUUACAGUCGCCAUAGAAUUAGGUAACAGUAUCAGACCGAUUGACAGCAUUACAUCAGCAUACAUGCUAAAAGUCUGCAUGUUGUCCCCUGUCAUACAAAAUGUUCUGAACACCCUAUAUGGAGUGACAAAGUGGUCUGAGAAUGUAGCAGAAGCUGUGCUGUUGCAAUUAAUACUAGUUCUACUUAAAAGAUUAAAGAAGAUUCAUGUUCUAGCAAGAGAAAACAUAGUGAUGACAGUGACCAAACAUUCCUUGUACGGCUACCUCUUCUGCAUCAGAAGCCUGUUGCAAGAAAGCAACUUAAAAGAGGCAGGGAAAGAACUGUUAUGGGAAGACACUAUAGCUGAACUGAUCAAUUUGUGCUUUGAAUUUAGCAAUGCGGUCUCUGUGAUAGUUAAUAACUCCUCUCCAGAGGGACACCUACCGAUGGACCUUAACUUGCAAACUAUUCGCGAGAUGUGCGGUUCCUCGCCCGAAAAAAAAGUGGUAACACCGCAAAUGGUGUUACUCUGCUCAUGGCGCACCGUGAAGGAAGUUAGUCUACUAUUUGGUUUCCUUGCUACCAAGGCACCCAUAAGCGAAGACGAUCUUUCCACAGGCCUUCUAAUCGAAGAGCAAAUUAUCAGGAUUGGAGAACAUUUGGUGACUUUGCUGACUGAAACAAAGCACAGGGGAGCAUUCGAACAGGCGCAUGUAGGUUUCAGUCAACUCUGUUCUCGUUUAUGGCGUUUAAAGAAAGAAAGUUUAAACGAGCUGCCCAGGAUGUGGUUGCACCAGAUUCUGAUUGCAAUCACAGGGAUUAAAGAAGAGAAUUUGAAGCUAUGUGCAACGCGAAGAAGCGCUGGCGUACCAUUCAUGAUACAGGCAUUGCUGUCUACAGAACCUCGCCCACACAAGGAUACAAAAACAAAAACUUUUGAUUCAAUGAUGAAAAUAUUGCUCGGGUUCACGCAAUUGGAGAGUACAGACUUGUGGAAGAACGUGAAACAGUUGCUGUACACUGAUACAGUGUUUUCAGAAUAUGAGGACGAUUUUGGAUCACUGAGUACUGAUGAAGAUGUCCGCCAUGUGGAGGGAAACAGCGCUAAAGUUACAGAAAUUAGGACUCAUUCUUUGAAUAUUUUGAGAGCAAUUUUUAGACAUUCCCAUCUGGCUGAAGUUGUAAACGACUAUAUAGCUGAUGGUUUAAUAGCAGCGUUCAGGAGCUACGACGCUCUAACGUGGGCGGAAAGAAAUGCAGCUACGUUGCUUUUCAGUGCCCUGAUUAUUAGAAUAUUUGGUGUGCAGAGGACUAAAGAUCACAUCAAUCUCACGACAGACAACAAAAUGAACUAUAGGAUGUUUUUUGAAAAAUAUCCCUACUUGUUACCUUUCAUUUUGGACGAGUUGCAAUCAUUCGUGGUGAUGAAUGAAACCAUCAUGAAAACGAAUGUACAAUCUAUUUUGCUUUUAUUAUCACGGCUGUACCUCAGUUAUAGUUGCGAGCACACAGACAUCCAGUGCAAGAUCAAUAAUCUCGUCGGUUUGGUAACGCAAUGCGCUAAGAGUGAAGUAUACGAGACUCGUAAAUUAGCAGCCAGAGCGCUUGUAGCUCUACUGACGGAACAGUCGGUGGGAAAUGUUUUGAUGGAGAUAAUGGAGUAUGUGAUAUCUGCCGAGACCAGCCAUCCAUCAUUGAAUUUGAUACAUGGCUACAUGCUACAGAUAUUCGAAAUACUGAAUCAUUUUAAUCACGAGCAACUCCGAUCAUUUCGCAUAGAUUGGAACAGGUUUUUUAAAAGAACCGCCUGGAUUCUGGAGAACUUGGAGCGGGAAAAUUCAAAUCCCCCGUGUUUCCUAUUGGCUACAGUUUAUAUAAACGUGUGUGACAAAAUAUUUCAAGUAGAUAAAACUUAUUUGACUAAACAUGUUGCAAUGCUAGACGCACUGCAAUCGCAUUUAAUCGAAUUAAGGAGAUUAAAACAAGGACCUGCACGAGAAGAUUAUAAAACAUUCCUUAUCAAGUUUAUACUAUCUGUAGCCAAAGAGACGGGAUUAAUUGGUCAUGCUGUACCAAUAAGAAUAUAUUUUUCUUGUUUAAUAACUCCAGAAACACAAAUUGUCGCAUGGUCCACUGUUGUAGACGUAAUUAACGAACCAGUACACAAAGAUGCAUCGACAUUGUUAUUAGACUAUGCAAUUGAUAUAAUCUGCAAUUCGGAACAGGAUUUUUGCCAGUAUAAUCCUGAACUGCAAGAUUCAAUGUUCAAUUUCCUUUAUAACAGCUUGAUGCAUCCAGAUCGGUUUGGAUCAUCAAGCUGUUCUAAAUUAAUCAACAUCUGCAAGUUCGUUUUAAACAAAUUAAGAUUAACCGAUCAAGGUAGUUACCAUGAGAGGGAUUCUUAUUUGAGAUUACUCGGAAAAUCGUAUGCAACUGCAGUCUCUUUUGACGACAUUGAGAAAAUCAACUUGGAAUGUACCGAGGACGUGUACAACAACUUUUGUGAUAAUUUUUGGAUCGCGUCUUUGGAUGCAGAUUUCCGGAAAUCUGUGCUGCAAAUAAUGCAAGAUCUUUUUUUACCCUGCUGUCGGCACUCUGAAUAUCGCUUUGCUCAAGUCCAAUGGUGGACAACAGCGUUGCAAUUAUUACUUGAUAAUAGUGCGGAAGUACGACGCGAAACAUUUGAAUUAAUUGAUAGCGUUGAAGUAAAUUGUACCUUACCCAGCGGGUCCUCCGCGUUGGAUAUGCUUCUGACGAAAUUCUACGGGCAUAUGUAUCCCGCCAAUUCUGAACUUCUAUGCGUUGUCCUUUUCUAUUGGAGUACUUCUCUUUUGGACGACGCAGACUACGAAAUGGACGAUACAGACGUGUUCAACAAGUGCACGAACUACGAUUUUUUCGAGCCUGUCGAAGUGUCGCGAACUUGCGUGAAAUUUUUCUCGGAACACAUGGGAUCUUUCGCUACCAACGUACUGUCGGACGAUAUUUUAAUGUGGAUAAGUUCGCGCGUAAAUAUCGAAUUCCCGAAAUCAUCGACAUUCAAAACGCUUUUGAAAAUCUAUGCAAACCAUCUGUCUCCCCUUGAAAAUGGAUUGUACGACAUUUUAGACGCGACAUACAAAAAUAAGUUAUUGCAAGUUUUAACGUUUAAAGAAUAUAAAAAAAUCUUACGGGAAUGACAACACCUGAGAUUUCCCGCAGAAUUCAAAAUCGGUCGAUUAUUGUAUCAUAGUAUUCUUUGUAAUAAGUUUAUGAUGAAUAAAUGACUUGUUUUAUAUAAAAGAA